AUGACAUUCUUCAACUUUAUAAUUCCCCAUAUCAUAUUAGUAAUUACCGGCGGUUUCCUCUCAGCCACAUUUUCUGUGGAGGCACAUCCUGGCUGGUGGAGUAAUAAUGGAUAUCCAUUUGGCCUGUCUCCACAAUAUUAUCAAUUCUCAUGCCCUCAAGUUAAUGAUGUUGUUAUGUCUGUGUUGGAAAAGGCAAUUCUAAAGGAGCCAAGAAUAGCAGCUUCCUUGUUGAGGCUUCAUUUUCAUGAUUGUUUUGUGCAGGGUUGCGAUGCAUCAGUGUUAUUGGACGAUAGUGCAGUGAUUGUUAGCGAAAAGAACUCGUUACCAAACAAGAAUUCCAUUAGAGGGUUUGAAUUAAUAGAUGAAAUCAAGAGUAAGUUGGAAGAAGCAUGUCCUCAAACUGUCUCCUGUGCUGACAUUUUGGCUUUAGCUGCUCGAGGCUCCACUAUUCUGAGCGGUGGACCAUCUUGGAAGCUCCCAUUAGGAAGGAGAGACUCAAAGACAGCAAGCCUUACUGAUUCAAACAAUAAUAUUCCUGCACCAAAUUCCACUAUCCAAAAUCUCAUAACAUUGUUUAAACGACAGGGUUUAUCUGAAACUGAUCUUGUUGCACUCUCGGGAGGACAUACAAUUGGAGUGGCAAGAUGUUUGACAUUCAAGCAAAGAUUAUACAAUCAAAAUGGAAACAACCAGCCGGAUGAGACACUAGAAAAGACCUACUACUACGGGUUAAAAAGUGUGUGCCCAAAAUCUGGUGGUGAUAACAAAAUCUCUCCUUUAGAUUUUGCCUCCCCAGCAAAAUUUGACAACACAUAUUUUAAGCUCAUAAUGUGGGGGAAAGGACUUCUAAGUUCAGAUCAAGUUCUAUUCACAGGGGAUCAUGCCGUCAAAACUACACAGCUAGUUAAGGCAUAUGCAGAAGAUGAAGCUCUCUUCUUUCAACAAUUCGCUAAAUCAAUGAUUAAAAUGGGUAAUAUUAAUCCUCUUACUGGGUUAAUCGGAGAAUUAAGGGAGAAUUGUCGUCGACUUAAUUAG